AGCUGGCCCGGAGGGAGCCGAACGCACCCCGAAAGACAUGGACGGCGACGGUGACGGCGCCGCCGAACCGGAGGAGCGAAGCUCGAGCCCCGGCGGCGGAGGCCCCGGGGCCGGCGGGCGGAAGCCGAAGGUGGUUAUCAUAAUGGGCCCCACCGGCUCCGGCAAGUCGCGCCUGGCCAUCGACCUGGCCGCCCACCUCCCCGUCGAGGUCGUCAGCGCCGACUCCAUGCAGGUCUACCGCGGCCUCGACGUGCUCACCAACAAAGUCCCCCUCGAUGAACAGCAAGGAGUGCCUCAUCAUCUUUUGGGCACCGUAAGCCCGAACGUGGAGUUCACGGCCAAGGCGUUUAGGGACUCUGCUGUUCCUCUCAUUGAUGAGAUCUUGUCUCGGAAUAACUUGCCAGUCAUAGUUGGGGGUACAAAUUACUAUAUCCAGGCUCUCGUGAGUCUGUUUCUUCUGGAUGAUUCGUUGGAUCACAUGGAUGACGGCCACUUAGAUGAAACUCCUGGUGACGAGCAUGACGAUUGUGAAGUUGACUUCAAUAGAGAUAGGAAUGCUCUCACCUUCGAUCGCUUGAAAGACAUAGAUCCAGUUGCUGCGCAAAGAAUUCAUCCGAAUAACCAGAGAAAAAUCAAUCAAUAUCUAAAUUUGUAUGCUCAAUCCGGUCUCCUUCCGAGUGAAUUAUUUCAGGGCACAACUUUAGAGAACUGGGGGCGUAUUGAGAAUUCCAAGUAUGAUUGCUGUUUUAUAUGUGUGGAUGCAUGUCUUCCUGUUCUCGAUCGAUAUGUGGAGGAUAGAGUUAACUGCAUGGUGGAAGCUGGAUUGCUUAAUGAAGUCUAUGACAUCUACUGCCCAAACUCAGAUUGUACUCGAGGUCUGCGCCAGGCAAUUGGGGUACGAGAGUUCGAGGAUUUUCUGCGGGUUUACAUUGCAGACGUUGGGGACUCCGAAACAAGCUGUUCUCAUGAUGAGUAUAGGUUGAAAGAAAACACUGGGUUGACCUUGGCAUCCCUUCCAACAAACCAACUAAAAGUAUUACUACAAGAAGCCAUUGACAAAUUUAAACUAAAUACUCGAAGACUUGUACGUCGACAGAAAAGGAGGAUCCGUAGACUGCAGACAUUGUUUGGGUGGAACAUCCAUUAUGUGGAUGCAACAGAAGCUAUCUCAAGUCAGUCAGAAGACUCCUGGAUCAAGCAAGUAGUACAACCGUCUUUGCAAUGUGUGAGAUCGUUUUAUGAAGAUAGGGUGACAAUCAUGCCCAAUGUAGAAGCCCCAAAAAGCUCUGCUACUGAGUUUCUGCAAAGAAACUUGUGGACUCAAUAUAUUUGCAAGGCCUGUGGCGAUCGUGUGCUUAGAGGAGCACAUGAAUGGGAACAACACAAGCAGGGCCGAGCUCAUCGAAAACGAACUGCACGGCUGAGAAAGUCUCUAAAUCGAGGCUUGGUCACCGCAGUGGAACAAGAACGGUAGAAAUUUUAGGAGUUCUUUUAGGGGGUUGGUUUAAGAGAAUUACAGCAAUGUUUCACAUGGCUAUUCAUCAUUAGUAAUGACAGUGUUUAUCGUCUACAUCAGGUCAUUGAUGUAGUGGAAAUACGUUGUAAGCUAGUACGCUAACCUUCGACUUUAGGCUCCCUUUAGUCCAUUAUUAUUGUCUGUUACAUUUACCUUUGACUGUUUUAUUGAUAUGCACGGCGAGGACCCAUUCACACA